AUGACCAGGUGGGCACAAGUUACUACCACACAGAACAAAAGACCCUUCCCUGCAACAUCAUGGGAGGACAUGAAGAAGGGGUUCUUUGAGGGGAAAAGCCAAAACCUACCAAAGAGUAAACAACUUGAAGCCAAUAGUCUGUCCCUUAAAACUGAUGCACCCCAAGCAAAACACAAAAAGAAUAAAAAGAAAAGGGAGUAUUUAAAUGAAGAUGUGAAUGCAUUCAUGGAAUAUCUAAGACAAAACUCACAGAUGGUUCACAAUGGGGAGAUGAUAGCAAAAGACAGUCAGGAAGUCAGGGAAGAAAUUGCAGUUGCUUUAAAGAAAGACAGUCGCCAGGAAGGAAGACGAUUAAAAAGACAAGCAGCAAAGAAAAAUGCAAUGGUACGUUUCCAUUGUAGAAAACCUGGCCAUGGGAUUGCAGAUUGCCCAGCUGCCCUUGAGAAUCAAGAAAUGGGCACUGGAAUAUGUUACCGGUGUGGAUCCACAGGGCAUGAAAUAACCAAAUGCAAGGCUAAAGUUGACCCAGCUUUUGGUGAAUUUCCUUUUGCAAAAUGUUUUGUUUGUGGGGAAAUGGGACACUUGUGCAGAUCUUGUCCUGAUAAUCCCAAAGGACUCUAUGCUGAUGGUGGUUGCUGCAGACUUUGUGGCUCUGUGGAACAUUUUAAGAAAGAUGAUGGUCAGAAUUCAGAUCGAAUGGUCACAGUUGGUUGCUGGGCAAAGGGAAUGAGUGCGGACUAUGAAGAAAUUUUGGAUGUGCCUAAACCACAGAAACCCAAAACAAAGAUACCUAAAGUUGUUAAUUUUUGAUGAUUAGUACUAUCGUUUGUUAGCACUUCAUUGUUAAACAUUCGGAACUGGGCCUACUUCAUAAGUUGGAGCUGGACUCUCCCUUGGACUCCUAUAUUGUAGAUAUCAGUAUAACCUAGGUGUGGUCAAACCAGUUCCUG